UUCUCCAAAGACACAUUUUUACUGUAUCUCAAAUUAUUCAUCAUUCUUUCGUUGAUCACGGGACCAAAAAACUUCUCAUGCUUCUCAAGAUUGCGACCCUGCUGGCGAUGAUGGUAGGGACGAUUCGAAGCGAGCCGCAAGGCCCAGCGUACUUGCCACCGAGCGGAGGCAGAGCACCAGGUGGAGGCGGCGGUGGUGGCCAUCCGGACGAUUGGGCAGGGGAUCCAGCCAACUAUGAAUUUUCGUACGAAGUCCAAGACGCCGCGGUCGGCUUGGAUUUCGGUCACCGCGAAAUGCGCAAAGACGAGGAAGCCAAAGGCACUUAUCACGUCUUACUGCCCGACGGCAGAACUCAAAUAGUCGAUUAUAUCGCUGACGCGGGAGGUUAUCGGCCCAUAAUACGGUACGAAGGUACAGCGACCUACCCAGCACCUUCGUCCGGCGGUGACGAAGGCUACAAAUAUAAAUAAUUCAUCGAUUAUGAUAAUAUUAAACACUUUUUUCGAUUCCCGUGAGACUAUUAAAUAUCGAUGCUUUUUAUUUUAUUGUGAUUGUUAUUAUUAUUAUUAUUAUUAUUUAGUUGUAUAAUUAUUAUAGUCACGUUAACGAAAUUGUUCUCGCUGUCACGAAUACUCUCACAGACUGUAAAUCGUCCCCGGUUGAAAAAUAAUUUUUUCAUCAAUCUUUGUGAUUUUUAUGCUUCAUUAAAGUAUUUGAAAUCACAUUAUGUAAAGGCACGAACCGUACUUACUGUAUUUGCAUCGCAAAUCUCGA